GGCGAGUGGCGAGUUGCGAGUGGCAUUAGGAAGAGCAGUACCCGCGGUGAGAUGAGACUCACUUCCCUGAGUCUUGAGUCGUGAUGUAAACAAAUGGUCGAGAACCCUCUCCCUGCCUGCCAAGUGUAUGGAAGCAACGUACACACCGAGGGGCGAGGAGUGUGAACAUCGGACGUCGGCAUUGGUAGCUGAUUCCAGACAACGUCAUUGGAAGUAGAAGAAGAAAGCUACACUGUUAGGCCAUUUCAGAGCCAUGAUUGUGCUUUCUAAGCUGGCGAGACGGAUGCAGAAUGGAGGCAGGAGGCUCCUUGUGGGUGAGCAACACUCGGGCAGCCUACCGUGGCGUGGAUUGCGGCAGCCACGAAAACUGAAAAGGGAUGGGGGCAUGAAACUUGCUCCUGAGGCACUGAUGGACACCCCCAAUGAGAACAAUAUGGGACCUGGGCUACUGAAGAGCUUCUUAUUUACUGGGACGUUCUGUGGAGCUACAUUUGUUGGUGCAACAAUUUGGCAGUAUGAGUCAGUGAGGCAUUCAUUGAAGCAGAACUCCUGGCAAGCCUGGACUAAGAACAGCUGGGAACAUUUGCAAGGAUGGCAGCACAAGGAAGGAGAAUUUCGCAAGGCCAUAAAUAGGUGGUGGAAUGAACUCAAUGAGGGUGAAAAGGUGUUUUGGCCUUUAUGCUUAGUCAAUGGCAUUGUUUUUGCCUGCUGGCACCAUCCAGCCCUGCAGUCCACCAUGUUCCGUUACUUUUGUGCUAACCCAGCAGCACGGGCGGUGUGCUGGCCAAUGUUCCUAUCCACCUUCAGCCACUUUGCACUUCUCCACUUUGGGUUGAACAUGUAUGUGUUAAAUAGUUUCAGCUCGGCUGUGGGUCGAUCUUUGGGCAAGGAACAAUUUCUGGCAAUGUAUUUGAGUGGGGGUGUUGUGUCAUCUCUGGCCAGUCAUGCAUUCAAGGUGGCAAUGCGAUGCCCUGGGCCCUCACUGGGUGCAUCUGGAGCCAUCAUGGCAUUGUUGGGCUUCUUCUGCACUCAGUAUCCCAAUGCCCAGCUAAGCAUUGUCUUCAUUCCAGGAUUCAGCUUCUCUGCAGACUCAGCCAUCAAGGGCAUCAUGUGCUUGGAUGCUGUAGGGAUGGCUAUGGGCUGGCGCAUGUUUGACCACGCUGCACAUCUUGGGGGAGCACUGUUUGGACUCCUUUAUGCACACUUUGGGCCAAAGUAUAUCUGGGCCAACACUGAACCACUGAUGAAGAAAUGGCAUGAGUUGAGAACUGAAGUCAAUGAAAGAAUUCAAGCCAGUAAAAGAGAUGACUAACAGCAAUGAACAAUAGAAUGUUACUUCAGCCCCUUAUAGAUAUAUACAUACGGUCUUGUACUUUUAUAUUUGUAAAUGGCUUUGAAGGAAAUCAAGUGUGGGAAUAGUUUGAAAUGCAUGUGACUCACUCAACAUGCUAUUCAUCUGGAAGGAAGUGUGUGGUACUGGAGUGAGACCUGUACAGUUACUGGUAGGAUAUGUGCAUUGCAGGAGUAAUGGGGGUUUCUGUGAUGGUGAAUAGAGACCCUUCAGGAAGCUUGGUAAAAUGGGUGCCUAUUUAAACCUGUACUUCAUGAGCCAAGUUGCUCCAAGCUGUAUUGUAGUUGUUUAUGAGGUGUUGCUGUACAUAUGUUUAUCUUUUGAUAUAUAGAGUAUUUAUGGAACUAAACAGUCAUCAGUGAAA